AUGGGGCAGAUCGAGUGGGCCAUGUGGGCUAACGAGCAGGCGCUGGCGGCAGGGCUUAUCAUGCUGACAGGCGGGAUCGUGGCCGUGGCAGGGCAGUUCAAGGGCUGGUACUUCGCAGCCUAUGCCAUCGCUGCAGGUGUCCUGGUCUGCCUGCUUGAGUACCCUAGGAGCAAGAGGCAGAAGGGCUCCACCAUGGAGAGGUGUGGCCAGAAGUACUUGACAGCAGUGGUGAAGGUGUUUGGGCCCCUCACAAGGAAUUACUACAUCCGAGCCGUCCUGCAUGCUGCCCUGGCUGUUCCUGCUGGUUUCCUUCUCUCCACCAUCCUGGGCACCGUCUGCCUGGCCAUUGCAAGUGGCAUCUACCUGCUGGCAGCAGUGCGUGGGGAAGAGUGGAGACCCAUCGAGCAGAAGCCUCGGGAGCCGCUGCACAAGGUGGAGACCAUCAAGCAGCCUCCCAGCAACCCCCCGCCCCGGCCCCCCGCCGAUGCCCGCAAGAAGCAGCCAGCGGAGGUGGGGGGGCAGGUGAACCCCAUCCCUGUAGAGGCUGAGUAA